AUGUAUUUAAAAGAAAAUGAUGAGAAUAAUAAGAUAAAUAUAAAUAAUUACAAAAACAUAAUACAUAAUAAAAAAAAAAAUAUAGAUAUAUUGAAUCAACAAAAUGAGUUAGAUAAAAAGGGAAAUAAAACUUUAAUAAAUAAUAAUGAAAAUACUAUGAAAUAUUGUAAUAUAAAGGAAAAGAUAGAUAAUAAUAUUUAUGAUGAAACUGAAGAUGACAGUGAUGAAGAUUACGAAGUAGAUGAAGAAGAAGACGAUGAUGAUGAUUUUGAUGUAAAUGAAUAUGACGAAGAAGAAAUAGACUUAAACUUUAAUUCAUAUAAUAAUUAUUAUUACGAAGCAUAUAAUGAAGAUGACGAUAAGAAUGAAAUAGAGGAAAUAAUAAAAAAUAAAAAUAGAGACGAUAGUAUAAAAAAUGAAGAAGAAAAAAAAGACAAUAUAACAUGUGAAAAAUAUAAUAAUUUAUUAACAAAUUACAGGAUAAGAGAACAUUAUAAUAUAAAUAAGGAGUUAAAAAAAAGGAUAACUAAUGAUUAUACUAAUAAAAAUGAUGAUAAUAAAAGUGAUAGUUGCUAUAGUUGUAAAAGUGAAGAUAGAAUAAAAUAUGAUAAUAAUAACAAUAUUUUAAGGAAUAACUAUGAAAUUAAAAAUGAAAAUGAUUUUACAUUUGAUGUUUUAGAUCGUAUUGAUGAUAUUUACUACAAAGAAUCAAGAUAUAAAAGCUUGAAAAAUGUGAAUAAUUAUAAUAACAAUGUUUGUAUAAAUGAUUUAAAUUUAAACUUAAUAAGUGAUUACCUAAAUGUUGAUAUAUCAGUAUUUCAUAAAAAAACUACAAUUUUGUUAUUAGGAAAUACACAAAGUGGAAAAAGUUCUUUUAUUAAUUGGUUCUCUGAGAAUUAUGUUCAAAAUACUAGUUCCAUACAAAAGCAAAAUCAAAUAACCUAUGUAGAUAUAAAAAGUAAUUUUAAAUUUAAUUUUAAAAAACUGAACAAUGAUAAUUAUCAAUUCGGAUUAUUAAGUAAAUUAAAAAAUAAUAAUCAUUAUGAUUCAAGUAAAAAUUGUGAAUUAUAUAAUGAAAAUAAGAAAAUCAUAUUUUCUGGAGAAAAUUGUGAUUAUUUAUUUAAACCUUUUCAAAAAUUAAGAAAAAAAGCUCAUAACAUUAAAAAAUAUAUAUACGGAAAAAUUUAUUAUCAAAAUAACUUAACUAAAUAUAUGAAUAGAGUUAAUUCAGUUUCUUUUAUCGAUACAAGUGGAAUAAAUGAAAUUAGUGAUGUAGAAUAUGACGAAAUAAUAAUGAAUUUAUCAAAAUAUGUUGAUUUAAUAUUUAUAUUCAUUGAUUCCAAUAAAUAUUCUAUAAAUACAAGGCUACUAAGAAUUAUAAAUUAUUUAAUAGAUAAUCAAAUAAAUAAAGUUACCAUAUGUUUAACUAGAAUUGAUCUAAUGAAAAAAAUAAAUCUAUACCGGGUAGUAUUUUAUUUAACUCAAUAUUUUCUCAGAAAUUUAAAUAUUUUUAAAUUUAAUUCUUUAAAUGACUAUUGCGAUUCAAAAUAUAAAAAUAAUAGUAUCUUAAACAAUCAUACUGAGGAAAAUAGUAAUAAAAGUAGAAAUAAAAUAGAAAAAAUAAAUAUAUUUUUUAAUAAAUCUAUUAAAUCAUUUCAAAAUAUAUUACUGUUUCCUAAACUAUUAACUAAAAUUAUAAGCAAUAAAAAUAUAAAUGAAAAAAAGAAAAAUUUUCUACAUAGUAAUAGUUCUAAUAAUUAUUUUUACGAAAGAGAAGAUGAAGAUGAAGAUGAUAAUGAAAAAGAAAUAAUAAAUAACAAUAUGUACUAUAAAAAGAAGAGUAGUAAUUCUUUUAUUAAUUCUCCAAAAGAUUCAGUAAAAUCAAAUGAAGGUAUUUUUAAAAAAAUUAUGACAAAAAGCUAUAAUUCUUUUAAGGAAAAAAUAAUGAAUACUGAUGUAAUAAGUAAAAUCAAUAGUACUACUAAUGAUUAUAUUCAGGAGGAAGAAUCAAAAUAUAACGAUAUUAGUUAUAAAGGUAAUAAUAGAGAUAUUGAUAACAAAAUAAAUAAUAAAUAUAAAAAAUUAAACAAUUCUUUUGAUAAAUUAAAAGAAAGUAAUAAUGAAUCAAAAAGAAUUUACAAGAAUAGUGAUUAUUACUAUUCAAAUAAAAGUCACAAUCAUAAAAAAAAUAAUUCAAGUAAAUUAUAUGAGAAGAAAGUUAAUUACUGUGAUUGUGUAAAAAAUUUAAGCAUUUUUUUUUUUGUAUUGAUUUAUGAAGUUAUGACAACAAUAUACAGUUUAGUUUAUACAAGUAUUAAUAAUUGCCUUAAUCCUAAUGAAGCAAAAUUUAUAAGUACAGAAAAUUUAAACAUUGCAGAAGAAGAAAACAAAUCAAAAUAUAAUCAUGAUAAUUCAUAUAAAAUUUUAGAAUUUUUAACAAUAUAUUUGCCUGAAAUACCUUGUGAUAUGUUUAAAAGAGAAAAGUGGAAAUAUGAUGAAUCUAAUCUAAAUUAUAAUGGUAGAAAAAAUAGAUUCAGUUAUAAUGCUCAAUAUGAGAAUAAUGAUUAUAAUGAAAUCUUAAAAAAUAAUAUAAAUAAUAAUCCUCAAAGGAGGAGUAUACCUGUUGAUUUUUUAUUGUUAGAUAAAAGAAAUAACUUUAAUAAAAAUAUAGAUUAUACUACUACUACUACUACUACUAAUAAUAAUAAUAAUAAUAAUUUCAGUGGACUAAAUGAAAUAACUCGUAAUUCAAUUAUUACUGAUAGUGAUUUCAAUAAUAGAAAUUCUAAUUAUGUUUUAGAUAAUGAAUAUAGAAACUCCUAUCUUACAAAACCUAAAAAUUUUAAUCCUUAUGAUAUAAAUUUCAUGAAAAUGAAAAAUGAUGAUGUAAAAGAUUUAAACAUGAUUCAAGAGUUAUUAUUUAAAAUUGAUGAGAGUAUAGACUUUAAAACAAAUCAAAGUAUAUAUAUGCUUAAAAAUGAUUUGCAAAAAAUUCAAGACAGCUGCUUAAAAAAAAUUUCUGAUAAUAACGAGAUAAUUAAAAAAAAUAAAUCUUUAAGAAUUCAAAAAAUAAAAUUUUAUUUUUUUAAAUAUAUGGCUAUACUAAUUGGUUUUUUUAUUUCUUUAAUGAGAUACGACCUAUUAGUUUAUUUUAAUUUCAUAAAGCCUGAACUGUUAUUUAGUAUUUUCUCUAAAUAUUUUCUGUUUUUAUCUUCCUAUAACAAAAAUUCCAUUUUUAUUGCAAUAAAUAUUAUAUUAAUAGUCACUUACUUUAUUCUAUAUUUUAAAUAUAAUAAAAGAAAUUAUUUUAAAUCAUUAGAUAAAAGUGAUUUAAAUAAAAUAAAAAUUAUUUUAUUGUUUACACAAAUAAUUUUUGAUGAAAUAAAUCAAUUACAUUUGAAACUACUUGGAAAAAAAAUAAAAGAUGAAAAAAAAUAA